AUGCUUUUUGAUCUUGUGCAGGAAGGUAACUUAGGCCUAGUAAGAGCGGUAGAAAAAUUUGAGUACCUUCGCGGGUUUAAGUUUUCUACAUACGCAACAUGGUGGAUACGGCAAGCAAUUACUCGUUCUAUUUCGGAUCAAGCACGCACCAUACGAGUCCCAGUACACAUGAUAGAACAAAUCAAUAAAGUGGUACGUGUGGAGAAGAAAAUGAUGCAAAGUUUAGGAAGAGAGGUAAGUGAUGAUGAAAUAGCUGAGAACUUAGGAUGGGAAAAAGAAAAGGUUAAAAAUGCACGCAAUGUUUCUCGAGAACCGAUUUCUCUUGAAACUCCUAUUGGAGAGGAGGACGAUUCACUGCUUAGCGACUUUGUAGAGGAUAAGAACACCAGCUCGCCAACCAAACUCACAUCGUUUUAUCUUCUUCAAGAGCAGUUAAGAGAAGUGCUUUCUACCCUCCCAACACGAGAACAGCAGGUAGUUCGCUUACGCUUUGGGCUAGAUGAUGGUUAUCCCCUUACUUUAGAGGAGGUGGGACUGCAUUUUAAUGUAACAAGGGAGCGUAUUCGACAAAUAGAAUCUAAAGCGCUUAAGAGGCUACAGCAUUCUCGAUAUAGAUUGAAACUUCGAGACUACCUUGAAAAAGAUGGUCAAUAA